AUGUGGGGGAUGAUGGUGUCGCUGACUUGGGCAGCCCUGCUCCUCCUAUCCGGACUGCUCGCUCCGCCGUGCGUGGUGCGCGGCUUCGGAGAUGAAGUGGAGGAGAUGACCUGCGACCCCAUCCGGAUCGGCAUGUGCCAGGGCUUGGGAUACAACGUCACCAAGAUGCCCAAUCUGGUGGGCAACGUGCUCCAGUCUGACGCCGAACUGCAGUUGACCACGUUCACGCCCCUCAUACAGUACGGCUGCUCCAGCCAGCUCAAGUUCUUCCUGUGCUCGGUGUAUGUGCCAAUGUGCACGGACAAAGUGCCAAUUCCUAUUGGUCCAUGUGGCAGCAUGUGUUUGUCGGUCAAGAGAAAAUGCCUGCCAGUACUUCAUGAGUUUGGCUUCAUUUGGCCAGAGGUGCUGAACUGCAGCCUUUUCCCACCUCAGAAUGACCACAACCACAUGUGCAUGGAGGGCCCAGGGGACGAGGAGCCGCCCUAUUACCGCCAUCCUCCACACCAGGAAGAGUGCCAGGCCCUCGGAUCUGCACCCGACCAGUACACCUGGCUGAAGCAGACGGAUAGCUGUGUUCUUCAGUGCGGCUACGACAGCGGGCUGUACAGGCGCGGGGCCAAAGUCUUCACAGAUGCUUGGAUGGCAGUGUGGGCUGUCUUGUGCUUCCUCUCGACCACUUUGACAGUCCUAACCUUUCUUUUGGAUUCCCAACGAUUCUCCUACCCAGAGAGGCCCAUCAUCUUCCUGUCCAUGUGCUGCAAUUUGUACAGUGUAGCCUACUUGGCACGGUUGACUUUGGGAAGGGAACGUGUGUCGUGUGACCUGGAUGCCACUGAAGUUCCUAUUCUAGUGCAGGAAGGUCUAAAGAGCACUGGAUGUGCCAUUGUCUUCCUCCUGCUCUACUUCUUUGGCAUGGCCUCCUCUCUCUGGUGGGUGAUUCUGACCCUGACUUGGUUCUUGGCUGCAGGAUUAAAGUGGGGCCACGAGGCAAUUGAAAUGCAUAGUUCCUACUUCCACAUAGCUGCCUGGGCUAUUCCAGCUGUUAAAACCAUUGUCAUUCUUAUAAUGAGAUUGGUGGAUGCAGAUGAUUUGACUGGCCUUUGCUAUGUUGGCAACCUACAGCAGGAGGCACUCACAGGCUUUGUAGUGGCACCGCUAGCUGCCUACCUUCUUAUAGGUACCCUGUUCAUCUGUGCUGGCCUAGUAGCUCUUUUCAAGAUCCGUUCCAAUUUGCAAAAGGAUGGUGCCAAGACAGACAAGCUUGAGCGUUUAAUGGUGAAAAUUGGAGUGUUUUCCGUGCUCUACACAGUUCCAGCAUCCACUGUGAUCGGAUGUUACCUCUACCAACUAUCUCAUUGGGCAGAAUUCAAAGCAACCGCACAAGACUCAUACGUUGCAUCAGAGAUGCUUCGAAUCUUUAUGUCACUACUCGUAGGAAUUACCUCGGGCAUGUGGAUCUGGUCAGCAAAGACCCUUCACACGUGGCAACGCUGCUCCACCCGCUUGCUUAAGGACAGCAGGGUGGGUCGAAGCGGCAAGCGAGGACCAGGCAAGGGCUGGAUUAAACCAGGGACGGGGAAUGAGACCGUAGUGUGA